UUCCAAAAGGAGGGAGGGGGAGGGCCUUACAUGCAUUGCGGAAGUUAGAAUAACAAUGAUCCAGGGUUUUACCAGCCCUCGUAGCACAAACGAUAUGCUGAUAGAAUUUAGGGAGUCUGGUUUUCAGAUUAGCCUUGUUAAAAUCCCCAGCUACAAUGAAUGCAGCCUCAGGAUGUGGUUUCCAGUUUACAAAGUCAAAUAAAGUUUGUUUAGGGCCAUCGAUGUGUCUGCUUGGGGGGGUGGAAUAUAUGCGGCUGUGAUUAUAAUCGAAGAGGAUUCUCUUGGUAGAUAAUGUGGUCGACAUUUGAUUGUGAGGAAUCCUAAAUCAGGUUAACAGAAGGACUUGAGUUCCUGUAUGUUGUUAUGAUCACACCAUGUCUUGUUAAUCAUAAGGCAUACACCCCCGUCCCUCUUUUUACCAGAAAGAUGCUCCUUUCUGUCGGCGAGAUGCAUGAAGAAACCAGGUGGCUGUACCGACUCCGAUAGUGUCAAGUGACCCAUGUUUCCUUGAAGCAAAGAACGUUAGUCUUAUGUCUCUCUGGAAUGCUACCCUUGCUCGGAUUUCAUCAACCUUGUAGUCAAGGGACUGGACAUUGGCGAGUAGUAUGCUCGUGAGCGGUGCGCCCGUCUCCGGAGCCUGACCAAGCCAAACUUGCAGCGUCAUACCCAAGAAGACUCGAGGCUGUAAUCAAUGCCAAAAGAUAAAAAACAUUGGCCUCUGCUGAAGACCGCAUGAACCUGGUUGAAACAUAUGGGCAGGUUUGACAACUGACCAACAAUUCAAAGUGACUUGAAUGUUACGGUUCAAUACAUGCGCCACCUCCCGACUAAUUACUUGGUUCAACGAUAUCGCACACAGCAUAAGCCUGACCUGACCGAGUGUGUUACGGCUGCCCACGUGAGGUGGUACACAGACACCAUGCAGUGGAGGAGGCGCCACUGCUACACACAUGUCGCUGGCCUACUGUCUCUCCUCUCGCUCCUGAUCAUCCUGGGCCAUCAAGACUGGCUGCCGGGCCUCAGGGGGCCAACAUGGCAGAGGGAGCACCUAGUGGCUUACACCGAAAGAGGACUACACUCUACCAAAGAAAAAGGGAAUCACAGCUCAUCACAGACUCUAUGGAGGGACCCACUGGUUCCCCCUUCGCCUCCGGAAAGAAAUGCCAACCUCAGUUCCCCUCAGGACUCCUCCUUUCCACAGGGGAUUACGGGACUGGAGAACUCAGUGGCGGCUAAUGCUAGCUUGAGUGGGGAAGUCGGGCUAAGGGGCCUGCUGACCUCAGAGCCAUACCCUUACAUCAUCAAUGAGCCCAACAAGUGCCGGGAGGGCAACCCAGAGCCCUUCCUGGUGCUGCUGAUAGCCACGGAGGGCAAUCAGGUGGAAGCCAGGGAGACCAUUCGGCAGACCUGGGGGAACGAGAGCAUGGUCCCGGGCCUAAGCUUUGUUAGGCUCUUCCUGUUAGGCGUAAAGGAGGGCAGGGUAGGCCGCCUGCAGCAGAGCAGCCUGGAGGCCGAGAGCCGGAGGCACCAUGACAUCAUCCAGCAGGAUUACAUGGACACUUACAACAACCUGACUAUAAAAACCCUGAUGGGCAUGCACUGGGUGUCCACGCACUGCCCGGGCACCAACUAUGUCAUGAAGACAGACAGUGACAUGUUUGUCAACACAGAGUAUCUCGUGCACAAGCUGCUCCAGCCAGAGAUGCCACCCAAACGGGACUAUAUUACAGGCUACCUGAUGAGGGGCUAUGCACCCAACAGGAACAAGAAUAGCAAGUGGUACAUGCCCCCCGAGCUGUACCCCAGCGAGGUGUACCCUACUUUCUGCUCAGGAACGGGCUAUGUGUUCUCAGGGGACCUGGCUGGAAAGAUCUACAGGGUCUCCCUGGGUAUCCGCAGGCUGCAUCUGGAGGACGUUUACGUGGGCAUCUGCCUGGCCAAGCUGCGGAUCGAACCCACGCCGCCGCCUAAUGAGUUCCUGUUCAACCACUGGCGGGUGUCCUACUCCAGCUGCAAGUAUAGCCACCUCAUAACCUCCCACCAGUUUCACCCCAACGAACUGCUCAAGUACUGGCACCACCUGCAGAGCAACAAGCACAACGCCUGCAUCAACACGUCCAAAGACAAUGUGGACAGGUUUCACCAGAGAAAACUGCAGGGUGUACAGCCUAUUUGGUGACAGACGGCUGAGUGUGAUGUUAGGUCAUUGCCUGUGCAGGAGUCACUGGGCAAGAGAUGACAGAGUCAAGCAUGUUUUUGGACAAACUAAUGCUUGAAGACCAUUUUUUUUUUUUAACUACAGUUUAUAUUCGAGUUUAAUACAUUCAUUGAUUGAAAGAAUAUAUGCAUUGGGGUACAGAGGAAGACAUCACUUAUGUGAAAUGUGGGUGCUGUUUAUUAUGAGGAUAUAUCUUAAGACUAUUGGUGGACUGUCACCGUCGAGUAUCCAUUUUGUUCAACUUGAGUUUAAAUAAUUUUCCUUUUAACCCCCUAAGGUUGAAUCGAAGAAUCAUAAUAAAAAAAGAUCUGUAAGUUUCA